UCCGCCCCCAAACCCUCGCCGUCGACCACUUGACGGAUCAGCGGGUCGACGCCGCCGUCGGAGGAGACAACGGAGAAGAAGAGGAAGAACACAAACAUGAGGAAAAGAAUCCGAUGAUCAACCAUGUUGAGAAAACUAAGAAACUCCAACACUGUCGCUCGUGAGAAAAGCUCCUCCUAUCAAUGAGCCUGUUCCGGUCAACCGUUCCUCCUCGCCGUGCCUCUUGUUUUAUUUCCUUCCUUUGUUUAUUUACAGUUAUAGAUAGAUAGGAUAAAAUCAGAACAAAAUGAAGGUGAUAGAGAAAGUAAGAGCAGCUGCAGCGGCUGAUCCAGAUAGAGUUGUGUUCUCAUUUGAGUUCUUCCCACCUAAGACUGAAGAUGGGGUAGAUAAUCUGUUUGAGAGGAUGGACCGCAUGGUGGCCCACAAUCCUUCAUUUUGUGAUAUCACUUGGGGUGCUGGAGGAUCAACCGCUGAUGUAACUUUGGAAAUUGCCAACAAGAUGCAGAACAUUGUGUGUGUGGAAACCAUGAUGCACCUCACCUGCACCAACAUGCCUGUUGAGAAGAUUGACAAUGCACUCCAGACAAUCAAGUCCAAUGGCCUCCAGAACGUGCUUGCUCUUCGAGGCGAUCCCCCACAUGGUCAGGACAAAUUUGUCCAGACAGAAGGUGGCUUUGCCUGCGCACGGGAUCUGGUGAAACAUAUCAGAGCCAAAUAUGGUGACUACUUUGGCAUUACAGUUGCUGGUUAUCCAGAGGCACAUCCGGAUGCUAUAGGGAGUGAUGGGGUGGCUACAACAGAAGCUUAUCAAAAUGAACUUACUUACCUGAAGAGCAAGGUUGAUGCCGGAGCAGAUCUGAUUGUCACUCAGUUAUUUUAUGAUACGGAUAUAUUCCUCAAAUUUGUGAAUGACUGCCUCCAAAUUGGAAUAACUUGUCCUAUAGUGCCAGGCAUUAUGCCCAUUAAUAAUUACAAGGGCUUUAUCCGCAUGACUGGUUUUUGUAAGACAAAGAUACCUGCUGAGAUUAUGGCUGCUUUAGAGCCUAUCAAGGAUAAUGAAGAAGCUGUUAAGCUUUAUGGAAUUCACCUGGGAACUGAAAUGUGCAGAAAAAUUUUAGCUCAUGGAAUUAAGACAUUGCAUCUUUAUACGCUAAAUAUGGAGAAAUCAGCAUUGGCGAUACUAACGAGCCUUGGCUUAAUUGAAGAGUCCAAAAUUUCUAGGUCCUUACCUUGGAGACGCCCUACAAAUGUUUUCCGUGUCAGAGAAGAUGUUCGUCCAAUCUUUUGGGCAAAUCGUCCAAAAAGCUACAUCUCAAGGACCAUAGGAUGGGAUCAGUACCCACAUGGGCGCUGGGGUGAUUCUGGCAACCCAUCAUAUGGUGCAUUAACUGAUUAUCAGUUCAUGCGGCCACGUGCACGGGAUAAGAAGCUUACUGAAGAAUGGGCAGUUCCCUUGAGAAGCAUUGAAGAUAUUUAUGUGAGAUUCAAAUUGUAUUGUCUGGGAAGGUUGAGAAGCAGUCCUUGGUCAGACCUAGAUGGUCUUCAACCAGAAACAAGGAUCAUAAAUGAGCUGCUGGAGAAGAUUAACAUGAAGGGCUUCCUGACCAUCAAUAGCCAGCCAGCAGUUAAUGGGGAACAGUCAGAUUCUCCUACUGUAGGCUGGGGUGGACCUGGUGGGUAUGUUUAUCAGAAGGCAUAUGUAGAGUUCUUCUGCUCUAAUGAAAAGCUGGAUAAAUUUGUUGAUAAAUGCAAGGAUUGGCCAUCUCUAACAUACAUGGCUGUGAAUAAAGAAGGGAGUUGGAAAUCUAAUGUGAGCCAAACUGAUGUGAAUGCUGUGACAUGGGCGGUCUUCCCAGCCAAGGAGAUUAUACAACCGACCAUUGUUGAUCCUGUCAGCUUCAAUGUAUGGAAGGAUGAAGCAUUUGAAAUUUGGUCAAGAGGAUGGGCGUGCUUGUACCCUGAGGGUGAUUCAUCGAGGAAAUUGGUUGAAGAGGUGGGGGGAAGCUAUUUCUUGGUAAGCUUGGUGGACAAUGAUUACAUCAAUGGUGAUCUUUUCGGCGUGUUUGCAGAUUUCUGAUAUUAGCUUCUUAAUACAGUACGACCCGUUCUGUUGGUCAAGUUUUUUCUUAUUAUGUUAUUUUUUCGUGUAACGAUAUGAAAAUCAGUAGUAUGGAUCAGAUCACAUAGAUAGUUUUAGGACGAUAAUUUUAGUACCAUCCUCACACAUUCCCUCACCACCCAAAUUUACCGCACUUAUUGUUUGCAGAAUACAUACCAUCCUUAUUCCUUACCUUCCACAAUCAAAAAAAUAAUGCCUAUAGUUUUAUCAUUCUUCAAAUUAGAGUGUACAAAUAUCAACUUUAUACUCCAUCCGUUAAAGCAAGUAGUUCAAUACUAUUAACCAAUUGAUUA